AUGGCUGAAGAGAGUGGCCAAGAAGGGUUCUUUUGGGAUACUUAUCCGUGGGUUAUGGCUGACAAAUCUGGUGGUGUUUCAGGUGAUGAUGACAAAUCUGCAGGUGAUGAUAAGAAGCCCAUAAUCAAUUCAACUGUAACCCAUGAUCAUAGUAAGAUGAAGCAGUCGGAGAUGGAAGCUCUCGGGGGUUUGAAUGGUGGUCAUGACCAAGAACCAGUAACAACAACAGUCGGUGGUGAUGGUGGCCAGCUGAGAAAUGAGAUGAAAAAUGACGACAACAAGAAGGUGAGUCUCGAUAGUGACAAGGGAAAAGGAGAUCCUGAGUCAAACGAUCAUGAUUUUCAUAUAUGGACUGAGAGAGAAAGGAGAAAGAAGAUGAGGAACAUGUUCCAUCAACUUCAUGCCUUACUACCUCAACUCCCCCCCAAGGCAGACAAGUCUACAAUAGUUGAUGAGGCAGUAAGCCACAUCAAAACCUUGCAAGAAACCCUCCAAAAGCUUCAUACACAGAAGCUAGAGAGGCUCCAUGGUCUAUCCGCUUUCCAAACAUGGACUUCUUCUAAUGUCACUUUAAACGUGUGCGGCCUGGAUGCACAUAUUAGCAUUUGCUCUCCCCGGAAGCCUGGCCUACUUACUGCGAUCUGUUUCGUGAUGGAGAAGCACAAAUUGGAGAUCGUUUCUGCUCAGAUUUCUUCGGAUCAAACUACAAGCUUGUUCAUGAUUCAUGCCCGUGCAAGUAGUCGUGAUCAGUUUCUAGAGACGUUUCCUUAUGAGGAGGUGUUCAAGCAGGCUGCAACAGAGAUAAUGCUUUGGGUUAACUCUAAAUAA